CGUCUCUCAUAAACCCCUAGCCGUCACCACUUAGAUCUUGCUUGGACCGUCGCAUAACUUAUCAUACCUAAUCAUACCUAUACCUAUAGGAGUUGAACUCCAAGCUAUAUACCAUUCAUUACACACCAAAAAGAAAAAAAUCAACAGUAACAAAACAUAAAACCACAAGAUUGUUUACAUAUUUACAUAUUUAAAAUGUCAGGAAAAACUGGCAAUCGAGACAGGCGUGGCUCUACUACGCAAGGGAAACGCAGAGCGCUCUAUACGCCACGAGACACGGAUGUGAGGGACUACCCCAAGAAUGUCUUCGAGUAUGCAGCCUACUGGGCAUUUGGGGACCCCGACCACAAAUGGGGCCCUUUCGCUAGGCACGUCAGAGCGGCUAAGAAGGAAGGCCGUUGGAGGGAGUGGAAACUCCGUGAUAUCGUGAACGAGGAACCCGAAGACUCGGGUGAUGAAUCAGACACCCCGUACAGAAGGCGGUCCAGGUCUGCACGAAGGAACAACCAGCAUAGAUAUAGAAUUGCAGACGAGCUAAGAAAUGAUGUUCGUCCUGCGCGGAUUGACUUCGAAGAGCUUCUCGGCCGCAUUAGCCACCCUGGCGAUUACGACGAUGCAUUUUACCAGAAGCACUACGCCAAUCUAUAUACUAAAACAGUAGAGUUCGCAGCCAAAUGGUUUGACGGAAACGUCAACUUGGACAGCUUUAGCCAUCCGGGCCAGAUCUGGACUGCCAACUUGACCGAGCAAUUCAAAGAAUACGCCCGGUUAGUUGCCCACGAGGACCGAGGAAAUGGCGGGUGGCCCGUCAUCUUAAACGAUGCGACGCAGCGCAGAUGGCUUGUCGUCGGCAUCCUCGGCCAAGUUAUGGAGAAGAAAGUCUUCAACGAGCUAUUGUUCGGAGCGGACGAAGAUACCGAAGAAGAAUUAGAAAGACUUGACUUGAAGUGGAUGGAAAAAGAAGGAUAUGGCCGUAAGACAGCUCGUGCUAUUACUGCGAGAUACGGUGUAGAAGGAGGUCUACUUCCCGCAGACUUCUGGCCUAAGGUCGACGAGUUAACGGCCAAGACCAUGAAAAUCUUCCUUCCCCUCCUUAACGUAUUCAAGGAAGUCUUCCCGCCGCCAACCAGGACUUGGUACUCGAGAACGGUGUUCUUGCAGGAACUGCACACCAUCAUCUCUUACGCGGGUAUGAUCCAAGUGUGCAUGGCUAUAUCGCCUUCUAUCUUCCAUUUCCUCUCCGCUACUCCCGGCGCCCGAAUGGACUACGGGCAGGAACAGCAGGCCGAUAUGCAGCUGUACCGUGAAUCCAAGGAGCUAUACGACGCAGAGGACACAACAUGGCGCGAACAUGUCAAUGCCGCUGUCACGGGUUCCAGGGUCAGCAGACACGCCGGACAGCCAAUCCAGAUACCUCAGAACGAGAACGAACGCCGCGCCAUGGAGUACCACAGACUCCGAGGCGCCAGGGUCAAGUUCGCCGUUUUCCCUAAAGUCACUCGCUAUAGGGCUUAUAACAAGGGCAGAGGCACCAGUGAUGACAUCCUCCAUUACGACCCCGAGGAUGAAUCCUGGCAGAAUGAGCGAGAUACCAUUGAGGGCCAGAGUAUCAUGGACAUCUCUCACUGUAUGGUCGUCUACUAUCAAGGCUUGAUGUACCCGGAGGAAAGCUAUGUCGAGGCCAUAACUCUGGAUGAGCAUCUCAAUACUCUUCUCUGGCAGCCGAACGGUCUGUACGGCAUACUCGCCACAGGCUUCUCGGCUUUGUUCUCUGCGUCUCGAAGGGCGUUUUGGCAUGUCUUCGUAGUCGGCGGGGUUCUCUGGAGUUUAUUCUCUAUCUACAAGGGCUUUGACUACAUUACGUACCUCCUCAAUUACUGGUUCACUCCUCUCCUCUGGAUCUCUUGCUGUACUUACUUCCUCGCCAAGCCUCAUAUAGACCAAGGAAAUUGGAAGACGGGCGGAUCUAUCAUCGGUGCGUGGGUAUUAUUCCUAUACCUUAUCGGUGCUUAUUACACUUACACCGGUGCUCAACCUCCUCCGCGCGACGCAAGAGUAGGCUGGGAGUUCCUCGGGGGCCAAUUUAACGAGACCUUUAGCGACAGAAUUAGGGGUCUUUUAAAGCCAAACGAUGCUUAAAUUGCUUCGGACAGGCGCAUAAUUAGCAGAGACAAGGAAGAGGGAUGUUCCGGCGAUGACAGCGGUAGUACAACGGUUAUAGAGCGGAGGAAAUGUUGAUGGAAAGGGUAUUUUGGUGGAGAUCGCGGCGGUGCACGCGGUCUGGUGUUCAAUCUGGUGUCAUUUCUUGUCUUUAAGUUUGUUCAUGAUAUUUUGCUGUUGGUUUUCUUGUAUCAGUAUAUUGUAUUUAGAAUCAGGAGAUCAUCAAUUUAGGUUCCUAGUUAGUUAAUUAAUCCCCAGGUCGGGAUAAAAAACGAAUAAAUGAAUGCCAAUGUUCUAGAUUAAA